UGGCUGCUCUGCAAUAGGGCCAUCUGUGUUUGAUCAAUCCGAGCGGAAAGGAGGGGGUGGGGGCUGUAAAGACUGUGAGAGCAUUCCAGAGUAGUGAGAGAGACCCGGAGAUCCAGAAAGAGAAAAGGCACCGCCCCCACCCCGCCUCCAAAGCUAGCCCGCCGGCUUGAGUGGAAGAGGCCGUCUGCACACGACUACACACUCGGUCUCCCCUGGCCCCACUCUCCGGCUGCCAUGGGGCCCCGCACUCCUCUCCUCAUCUUGUUCCUUUUGUCAUGGUCGGGACCCCUUCAAGGACAGCAGCACCACCUGGUGGAGUACAUGGAGCGCCGACUAGCUGCCUUGGAGGAACGGCUGGCCCAGUGCCAGGACCAGAGUAGUCGGCACGCUGCUGAGCUGCGGGACUUCAAGAACAAGAUGCUGCCGCUGCUGGAGGUGGCCGAGAAGGAGCGGGAGGCGCUCAGAACUGAGGCAGACACCAUCUCGGGGAGAGUGGACCGUCUGGAGCGGGAAGUGGACUAUCUGGAGACCCAGAACCCAGCCCUCCCCUGUGUAGAGGUUGACGAGAAGGUGACCGGAGGUCAUGGGACCAAAGGCAAGGGCAGAAGGAAUGAGAAGUAUGAUAUGGUGACAGACUGUGGCUACACCAUCUCCCAGGUGAGAUCAAUGAAGAUCCUGAAGCGUUUCGGGGGGCCUGUGGGCCUGUGGACAAAGGACCCAUUGGGACCUGCAGAGAAGAUCUAUGUGUUAGAUGGGACCCAGAACGACACAGCCUUUGUCUUCCCAAGGCUGCGUGACUUCACCCUGGCCAUGGCUGCCCGGAAAGCUUCCCGAGUCCGGGUGCCCUUCCCCUGGGUAGGCACGGGCCAGCUGGUAUAUGGCGGCUUUCUGUAUUAUGCCCGGAGGCCUCCUGGAAGACCUGGAGGGGGCGAUGAGUUGGAGAACACUUUGCAGCUCAUCAAAUUCCACCUGGCCAACCGCACGGUGGUGGACAGUUCCGUAUUCCCCGCAGAGGGUUUGAUCCCCCCGUACGGGCUGACGGCAGACACGUACAUAGACCUGGCGGCUGACGAGGAGGGCCUUUGGGCUGUCUAUGCCACUCGGGAGGAUGACAGGCACUUGUGUCUGGCCAAGUUAGACCCACAGACACUGGACACAGAGCAGCAGUGGGAUACACCGUGUCCCAGAGAGAAUGCUGAGGCUGCCUUUGUCAUCUGUGGGACCCUAUAUGUCGUCUAUAACACUCGCCCCGCCAGUCGGGCCCGCAUCCAGUGCUCCUUUGAUGCCAGUGGCACCCUGACCCCCGAGAGGGCAGCACUCCCUUAUUUCCCCCGCCGAUAUGGUGCCCAUGCCAGCCUCCGCUAUAACCCCCGAGAGCGCCAGCUCUAUGCCUGGGAUGAUGGCUACCAGAUUGUCUAUAAGCUGGAGAUGAGGAAGAAGGAGGAAGAAGUUUGAGGGAGGGAGCUAGUUCAGUCUCUUUCACCUCCAUACAGUUAUAUCCCUACUAAAUUUCCCGCUCCUCAGUCUCCGAAUGUGGGCAAGUUGUGAUUCAAAUCUCACAUUUUUAGCCAAUUGAAGCCAAAUUUUCAUUGCCCCUUCUUUUCAUAUGGGACUCCAGAGCUUGAAGAAUCCUUUUAGACCUAAGAGAAAGCCCUAAAGGUUCACUUGUUCCCUCCCGCUCCCACGUCAAGGAAUGUCAGGCCAGUCGGAGACCACCCAGACGCAGAGCUCUGACCCUCGUGUGGGGGCAACCCCACGGAAGAGGCAGCAGAGUAUUUCUUGCCUCAGUGCAAGUCAGGGGAGAGAGGGCUAGGAGGAGACUUUCAACUCUGCCCUCCUCCUCUUCCCCCUCCAGUACCCUAAAGAAUGGGACUCAUUUUGUAUUGCAGUCUUUUGCAUUAAAAGGAAAAUCCACUUUU